AAGGCUCUGUCGUGGCCACUUUGCGGCCAUGCUUCUCGGACGCACUUGGAGAGUAGUCGCGCAGUCGGCAAGUCGCAAGCCACUGCAAAUCGCCUCGCGUAGCAUGUCGUCCGAAGCAGACAAGGCCCGCGCGGCCGCCGAGCCCAAGCCGAACGAGCUCACGAUCUUCGACAAGAUCAUCAACAAGGAGAUCCCGGCCAACAUCAUCUUUGAAAAUGACAAGGUCCUCGCCUUCCGCGACAUUAGCCCGCAAGCGCCGACGCACGUCCUCGUCAUCCCCAAGGUCCGCGCUGGCCUCACGCGCCUCAUCCGCGCCGAAGAGAGCCACAAGGAAAUCCUCGGCGAGCUGCUCUACACGGCGUCGGUCGUCGCCCGCAACGAGAACCUCGAAGACGGCUACCGCAUCGUCAUCAACGACGGCAAGAACGGAUGCCAGUCGGUGUACCACUUGCACUUGCACAUUAUCGGCGGCCGCCCGCUCGGCUGGCCCCCGGGGUAAGCCAUUUCGUACGUGGCGCACGCUCGACGCUCUAUUCGGCCAUGUAGCAUGGCUCUGGCCGCCUUGUAGACCCGUAUGCGCCGCCUCCGCCAACGAAUCUGGGCUACUAGUAUCAACGUAUUGCUUUCCCAUAUGC